GUGAAAACAACAAAUUGGGGUCGUGAUCGUGGACUGUUUUUGUUAAUAAUGAAACCAAAGCAUUGACUGGGUUCACAUGAUAGCACCAAGGAUUUCUUAAAGACAGAUUCAUUCUUUGUAAAAAAUAUGGAAUCAAUUGGUGGAAAAGAGCCUCUCCUGUUGCUGAGAAAAGUUAUUUUUCAAGUGGCUUCAGAAUUGGGUGCAAUACCUGGCUACAGUGUGUUUCUUAAAGUAGCUGACAGUUACCAUGGCAACAGUUACUAUGGAACAGCUGAUCUUAUCAAGGAUUACCUUGGGGAUGGACUUCGAGUCAAUGCUAAAGACAAUUCCUUUCUGACAAAAAGGGAUAUUGAAGCCAUGUUUGAUCGACUACAUCAUGAUAAUUCUGAUAGUACGACCAGUAACUCGUCCUCUGGUGAGAGUAGCCAGAGGGAGCAGCAAGUACCGAGUGUUGUGAGCAAAGAACAGCAAAAAGCACAAGUCAAGAAAACACAGAACAUAACGCGAGAAAUUGUAGAGAUUAAAGACGAGGAGCUUGAGAUUGUGGAAAGUUGUAGUUUUAAAUCAGCAGAGAACAAAUCUGUUGGUAGAUUGCAACAUGAUUUUCAGCGCACCACUCUCCAGGGAACCAACCACCAUUCAGUUAGGAAGCAACAGAGGAGUUCUUCUGGAGUGAUGCGUAGAGAGAUGAAUAAAGUGAUGGAAGAGAGGAGAAUGAGCUCGGAACAUCAGGAAUUUGGCCAACGAGAACAACUUAUGCACAGUUUUAAUAACAAUGUUGGUGUUUCCAUUGCAAAUCCCUCUAUAGAUAUAACAUCAGGAGCUAUGCGAAUUGAAAAUGUCAUGUCUCUGUCUCAUGCUGUGGUACCAAUAAGUGUGUCACAAGCAGACACACAAGCUGAUGUGUUCGCUGGGGGUACACAUUCACAGAUGCUGUCUUUACCAAAUACAGUGAACAACAGAGACCAGUCUAGUGGGCAGCCGCUCACUAGUGAUCAAAGUACAGUCAGUGUGAUUCUAACUAAUGAACCAAUGCCAGGUCCCAGCACUAGUAACGCACCCGUGCCUGAUCAGAUCCUGGUAGCCCCGCAGUAUAGUAUGCUUAGAAACCUGGACAUUAAAAACCGUCUCACACAAUUAGCGAAGUCCUACAAGCAUUCUGAAACAGCAAAACUUGUGAAAUGUAAAAUCUGCUGUAAAUAUUUUUCAUCUCGACCUCUGCUGUCAGCUCACAUGCGAGUGCAUCGUAGCGGUGACAAGCCAUUCCCAUGUGACCAAUGCCAGGUGAAGUGUGUCAGUAUCUAUAAUUUAAAACUACAUAAGCAGCGAGUACACAGCAUUUCCGAUAAAGCACACCCAUGUCCAGGUUGUGGUAAAACAUUCCGUCUUCAUAUCGAUAGGAACAAUCACUACCGUCAUUACUGUAAGGUGAAAAAGGCAAUCUCGAAAUUUGAUCCAAGUGGAACAAGUAAAAAGAGUUAAAUAUCACCCCUGCCAUAUCAUCAUUCCUGCCAGAGUGUUUAAGAAGAACUCGUUAUUUUUCACUUCAAAGAGUCAACGAGUGAGGCACUAUGAUUUAGUGCAGUAAUGUUUUCAAACAACUUGUCCUUUUUCCUUUUUAUUCGC